AUGUCAAGUAGACUGACCCCAAACGAUCCAGCAAGUGCAACUAUACCGUCUUCGUUCUUGUUGACGUCAAUUGCGCUUAUUCCUUUGACUUGCUUUGUGAAGACAGGGCUUGAGGAUCUAGAAACUGAUAUCAUCAGAAUCCUCAAUGACGUUGUUAAGCCAUUUGAGAGUCCGAAUAUUGGUUGCAUUGAAGGUAGCCAGAUGACCAAGCAGACUCUGUUCGGCGUCCACUCUGAAGAUCUGGACGUUUCCAGAAGACAAAGUGGAACCAACAGCAAUUAA